AUGGCGGCGCUUUAUCAGAUUCUCGGUCUCAAUUUGGCCGACGAGUCAACACGUGCUGCUCUUUCCAUCGUCGCCAUCACUGCAUCUAUAACACUGGCCACCAUGUCGCUCGCCCGUGUUGCGCUGUUUCCGCGUCGAUCCGCCAUUAUCCCGAACCCUCUCCAGACCAAGAUCCCGGAUCUCUCGGAGAAGGACAUCGCCAAAUUGGAGUACAGACCCGAUUCAUACCCCGGCGCGCGCGACGUUUCAACACCUGAUCUCUUCGGCCGUGGCUUUUCGGACGGUGUCGGCGACCUACCCCAUGACUCCCGCCUUUACUCCAUCCGCUUGGUCGGCUAUUCCAUGGGCGGCGGUAUCGCCGUCCACUUCGCUAGCGCUUUCCCGCACAUGGUCGAGUCGUUGGUCCUCCUCGCCCCGGCUGGCCUCAUUCGCGCGGCCAAUUUCGGCAUCGUCAGUCGCAUCUUGUUCCGUAGUGGCCUUGUCCCCGACCGUCUGAUUAGCGAGCUCGCGCGCGUCCGCCUCCGAAAACCUAUCGCAAGCAGUGUUACCAAGAAGAUUUCUCCCACCCCGAGCCCUGACUCGACUGCCUCGCCAGUCGCGGCACCCGGCGCCUCGGUCUCGGCCGACGAGCUCCGACGCGCACUGCACCAUUCCACCUCCAAACCUGGAAAGUCCAUGACUGAUGUCGGCGCUGCCGAGGGCGCCGACCCCCGACUCCGGAAGCGUUUGCGCCACGCUCCCCUCAUGGACCAACACGAAGCUUGGAGCAAGAUUAGCGAGCGCGAACCGGGCUCAACCUGCAUUCUUCUCGCCAAGGACGACGAAAUCAUCAACCCCGACGAUUAUCGCCACGACGCACUUCCCCUCAUUGGCGGCGAGGAAAGGGUACUGUCGGACUGGGGUAGAGCGAGACCUGCCGACGCGGGCAUACCGUACUCGGGAUCUUAA